AUGGGGCAGACCGAUCCUGAAAAGCGGCCCGCCUGGGUUUCCUCCGGCGCCGAUCCCGACAACGUGGAAAGCCCGGUGGAAAGUGACGUUCAAAGCCUCAUCUCGGGUCCUCUCCUCGACGGCGGCUGGUUCAAGAGCACCGUCGCCGUCGGGGCCGUGUUCAUCACCGUGGGCUUCAUGAUGACGAGCCUCGCCUCCCAGUACUGGCAGCUCAUCCUCUCGCAAGGCCUGUGCAUCGGCCUAGGAGCCGGCUGCAUGGUCGUGCCCUCGCUGUCCAUCCUACCGCAGUACUUCCUCAAGAAGCGGGCCCUCGCCACCGGCAUCACGGUGUGCGGCAGCAGUUUAGGAGGCGUCAUCUACCCCCUCAUCUUCCAAGCCCUCGUCGACAAGGUGGGCUUUGCCUGGACAAACCGCAUCAUGGGCUUCAUCGCCCUCGUGACAUGCUCGUUCUCCGCCUUUCGUGAACCCGCCUACGUGGUGUACUGCUUCGGCAUGUUUUGCAGCAACUUCGGCUUCUUCCCGCCCAUCUUCUACCUGCAGACGUAUGCCCUCGGCCACGGCUUAACCGACCGUAAUAUCGCCCUCAACCUCGUGGCUAUCCUGAACGCCGCAUCCAUCGUUGGGCGCUUGGCGCCCUCGCCCGCCGUGCGCAUGAUCGGCCCCAUCAACACCAUGAUGAUUGUGCUUGCCAUGGCCAGUCUCGUGGCCUUUAGCUGGAUCGCCGUUCACACCGGUCCGGGUAACAUUGUGUUUGCCGUCAUGUACGGCUUUACGUCCGGAGGCAUCGUCUCCUUGCCGGCCGUCGUGUUGGCGUCCAUCACGGAGGACCUGAGUUUUAUGGGGGCUCGGCUGGGCACUUCCAACUUUAUCAAUGCGCUCGCCUCACUGUGCGGAGCCCCUAUCGCUGGCGUGAUCCUAAAGUCUACAGGGAAAUACCUCGGCGUGCAGCUCUUUUCCGGCUUGUUUCUUUUCGUAGCAGCAUCUUCGUUAUUCAUGACGCGAAUUGCAAGGGUUGGACUUAGCCAGGGCCGAGUCCCUGGCCUGCCAAGCGACGCCAAGAUAGCCAAGCCGCUAACAACCAUCGAGACACUUCGACAAGCGCGCCUUAACCGCGAUGGCAAACACGAUCACGGAAUCGAAAUGUACGGGGGCGGGCGAAUCCUCGAAACCGUCGGGACGGCGUUCUACGUAUACGUGUCCGGAAACAUUGCCACGACGCUCGGCAGCUACGACACUUCGCAAACCGGCGGCUACGUCGGCUUCGGCAACAUUGCGCUCCUGUCGAUCUUCGUCUACGCCACCGCAUCUGCGACCGGCGGACACCUAAACCCUCUCAUCACCUUUUCGGCCAUAAUAGCGGGAAUAUGUCCUGUAUCACGAGGUAUCCUUUACCUAGCCGGCCAAGCACUCGGCGGAGCUAUUGCAGGCGGUGUUCUGACAGGAGUCUACGGACGAGAGCGGUCCAUCGAGGUUCAUGGCGGCGGGUGUUACUUUGACAGCGGCAGUAUCACGUCUGGCCAAGUUUUCCUCAACGAGUCCUUUGCUUGCUUCGCCUACGUCUUUCUCUCUUUCGGAGUCGGACUCGAUCCUAAGCAGGGGGUUCUAUUCGGCCCACGCCUCGCCCCGCUUCUUACCGGCGGCGUUCUCGGCCUCAUGACCUUUGCGACGAGCGGAACGGUCCCCGGAUACCCUGGCGCCCAGAUGAACCCCGCGAGGUGCUUUGGCUACGGUAUCGCGCGGCGAGAUAUGUCAGGUAAGAACACUACAAUUACCAUGGGUGAAGCACUAUGA